AUGCACACACACGGGCCAGUCGGCAGCUUGUUCAACGAAUCGAGGUGGCGGAAAGGCGUGUGGUGUCAGCAGCUCUUCGCGCGAGGCUCCCGCAGUGUGUGGUUUGAAGUUGCGCCAGAGCAGAGCUCCGAUACUCUGCCCGGCCCAGACCAGAGCAGUAUCGUGGAGGACAACGGCCAACACGACGUCAGAAGCCAAGAGGGCGAGCACGCAUCCAGUCCAGCAGACACCCCGAGCACAAACACGGCCGAGAAUACCGCUAUAGACAAGCCAGAUCAUCAUACUAGCAAGAUAGAGCCGAUCUCAAGAGAGACGCGGCCCGAGGUCAACACAGCGCCGCACGUCGACGCGAGCUGGAUCGCCAUACAGACGCUCAGCGUACCAUGUGUGCUAUGCACCGUACGGACAUUCCGGGUCCGCUGCACGCAGGACACGGAGGGCCCAGGCACAGGGAGGGCAGAGGCGCCCAGACAGAGCUUGGACGACGAACCGCGUUGUGGCCGGUGUGGACUCCGCCAGGACUGGGACAGCGUGGAUGUGGACGCGUCUGGGUUUCCAGAUGAGCGGCUACGCAGCGAGGAUCUCGUAUACUGGGCUCGCAUCGCGGCGCUAUGGAUUCACAUGGGCUCGUCCGGCGCGCAGACGUCUGGGUUCACGCCGGAGAAGCUUGCGGGGGCAUGUCUACGUCUUACGGCGGGCACGGUGGGCACAACGGGCAACGGACUGGCGCACACAGCACGCACACACACAACACACACACACACAACCUACACGCCACACUAUCGCUCUAGUUGUGCUCAGCAGGACUUGGUGUUUGACACACCGCCCGAGCGGCUAGAGGCAUUUCAAACACCACAAGCAAGGACGGCCAUAGUACAACAUGGGCAGAUCACACCACCUGACGAGGCCGACUUUGGGUUUGAUGUGUUUGAGGAGGAUGAUAUCCCACCACUGCUAGCGGAGCCCGACUUGGCGAUCAAGGCGGCCGCAGUAGGUGCGCUGCGAAAGCGAGCAGGCACAGACACCACCAAUCCAUCUCAGCGGAAGAUGGCGAAGAAGGGCUCGGAGCAUCGUCCGGUACCCAUCUACAGCAGUCCACUCGCAGAGCAGAGCAAGCUUCGUAUUCCGGUGAUGGACAAUAUGUCUCUCUUCCACGACGGUGUUGCUCAAGAGACUGAGUGGAGGGAGGGUGGUGUGUGGCACGCAGAGAUCACAGGGCCACAGCGUUCCGGCGACUUCACAGCAGCUGGCGUGGGCGAUGCGCCGUAUGCUGGUUCUCCCCCGAGGCUCGUCCGCCCCAUGCGACAGCACCACACACAGCCGACGCAUGUCCACGCCGAGGCAGCCGCCCAUGGGCGCUGGCGAGGAUGCACGAGGAGCUCAUACGGGAUCUCGUGCUGA